CGUCCUGCUGAUAUCGCUGAAGCUGAAAUCUGACUUGGAAACAGAGCAAACUUUGAUAAACCAGAAUCAAUAUGAAGAGUGUUGUAAUUGUCGUCGUCAUGAUGGGCUUCGCUGCCGCCUCUGCCAUGUUUGGUGCAGACUCUGGUUUGGUGGCUGAGGAAGCACGAGGGGAUAAAAGUACAACUACGCAGUCUUGCCCAGAGCUAACUUUGAAUGACUUUGCGUGUCCGGCUUGCAAGUUGCACUUGAAUGCCCUGCUUACCGAAGUAACCUUCAACGAUGUAAUUCAUACAUAUUGCAACACCAUAUCAAGGAAACCAGAAAGGAGCGCUCGUGCUCGUGCUAGGUGUUUCGCUCUUGCCAGCUCGGAACAAGUAGAGAACAUGGUAACUUCGACAAUGGUGGACAAAAUGUGCGAGAAUGGCCUCCGGUGUCCCUAAAAUAUAGCCUCAACAUUCUGUCAGCAACGGGCGAACAGUCAACGUCGAUAAGAGACCUACGAUAUCCGAUGGAUUCCAUUAAUUUAUGGUGAAGGGUAAAUUGAUUAUUCAGCAUUAUCUUUACGGUAGUAUACAGGAUUGGUAGAGCUAACCAAAUAGCCAAACACAGUGUUCAUGUGAGAUCAACCAAUAUAAACGAAGUAACAAACCUGUGAAACUUUAACUGUUCAUCCAGAUACAGUUUUCUACAAAUUAUGGUCUCAUUUCAGAAAAAAAACAGAGCUUUCAGAAUAAAAUCAAACUUUUCUGUAAUGUUUAUUAUCGAUUAACAAUCAAAGGUUUUUGUGUUACUGAAAAGAUAGUAUCAUGGUUUAGACCGAUCAACGUUAAAUCUAACAUAACAAAAGUCGUAUUUUACCAAAAUAGUCGAAGGUAUGUUUGCCAAUGCAUUGGAAUUAAUACCAACUCAGAUGAAGCUUGAAAAGUUACAAACAAUUAGAACAACAAAGCGUUAAUAACUAACCCUUGUUAUACCCUUGAUCUUAUUUGAAUAUUGUUACUAUUGUUUAUAUAUUGGAAUGAUUGUAGAUGUUUCUAGUUCUUUGCUUCUGUUUAUGCAAAAUUUGCUUUUAAAAGGACCUUAUAUUCUCCAAAGUUCUUCAAAUUGAGAGAAACAAUUUUACGAGGGAGACAAAACUAAACACACAAAGUGGACUUUUAACCCAAAGUACAGAAAUUUCAAAUUUAGUUUUAAACAUUAUUCCACAAGAAGUUGGUCAUAAUGGAAAGUACAAUAAACACGGUGAGAUAUAAGUAA